UUGGAUCAAUUUGAGUAGACGUGCUAGACAAAUUAACCCCAAUCCUUGCUUUGUGCUUCAUCAACGUCCUAUCAUUUUCACGCAACUUUUGACCAAUCUUGUGAACUAGUAAAACUAGUCAUCUAAAUCUAAGUAGAGUGAUGAACAGAUAUGAACACCAAGAAAAAAGGAUCUGUCAAGCAACAACAAAGAAGCAAAAAAAAAAGUCAUGAAACAAAAAAAGACAAUCAAUUCAUCAUAAUCUCAUACCACCUUAAUAUCCAAGAAAAAUAAAAGCAGACAACAGUGAGUCACCCACGCACAAAAAUCAAGAGGAAAAAAAAAAGAGAAUCCAAAAAAGUAAAUUCAUACACAACUUGUUAUUUUCUUUAUCUUUUCAACACACUCACACUGUCUUACUUCCACUCUCUCGCCGGAAAAAAACCAGAAGAGAGAGAAAAUAUACAAACUAGAGAGAGAAAAUGACGUCAUUCUCAAUUGCGGAAAAUCGCCGCCGAAAUGAACCGACAUCAUCACACCAAUACUACUACUCAAAUACGCCGUCGUUUUUCUCAUCUUCAUCAUCAUCUCCAUCUCUCUUAAAAGGUUGUUGUUGUUGUCUUUUCCUUCUUUUCUCUCUCCUCGCACUUCUCACUCUAGCAGUAAUCUUAGUCAUCGUACUCGCCGUAAAACCUAAAAAACCACAGUACGAUCUUCAACAAGUAGCCGUACAAUAUGUCGGAAUAUCACCGACAUCAGGUGGAACUCCCGGUGGUGUGUCGUUAUCUUUGUCGGUGCGUUUUCUUUUUACUGCGGUAAAUCCGAACAAAGUUGGGAUAAAAUAUGGUGAAUCGAGAUUUACUGUGAUGUAUAGAGGAAUACCGUUGGGGAGAGGGACAGUGCCUGGGUUUUAUCAACCGGCGCAUAGUGUGAGAACAGUUGAAACAAUUGUUUCGGUUGAUAAGGUUAAUUUGAUGCAAGCAGAUGCGUCGGAUUUGGUAAAAGAUGCGUCGAUGUAUGAUAAAGUUGAACUUAGGGUUUUGGGUGAUGUUAGUGCUAAAAUUCGAAUUAUUAGUUUUGACUCACCAGGUGUUCAGGUUUCUGUUGAUUGUGAGAUUGUGAUUAGUCCUAAAAAACAGUCUUUGACUUAUAAACAAUGUGGGUUUGAUGGAUUACGUGUGUGAAAAGUGAAAUCUGAUGUAGUGAAGUGAAUUCUUUUUGGAGAUGUAAUUGAUGGAAUUGAUGAUGAUGAAGAAGAAGAUGGAGGUUUGAUAUAUGACACGUUUUUUUUAUUUGAGUAAGAUUUAUUAUAUAGUGUAUUUAUGGGGGUAGUAAGUAGUUGUAGUUACUAUAAAUAUAUAUUUGGAGAAAGUAGUGAUGUUAAUCUGCAAAUUUUGCUGACUUUUUUAAAAAAAUUGUUAGUUGGUUAAUUGUAAAUGGGUUUCCCUUAAUUUGGGUUACUCCUGAUGAUCAAGUGUAUGAUGGUUAAAGGAAAGAAAUUUUGAGCUUACAUUGGGUUUGUUUCGAAUUCAAUGAUCAAUUCAAUCUGUUUUCAGCAUUC